AUGUCGUCGCAUCGCCACCGUAGGGAAUCCAAUGACCCUCGAUCCCGUGACUCACGACCUAAUGGCCCAAGACCCAUGGAACCACGACCCAGUGGUCCAAGAACCAUCGAUCCACGAUCCAAUGAACCACGGCCCAUGGAUAACCAACCCCAGCCCGGAGCCAGUGGGGAAAGGGGUCCGAGAGAAAUAGGAAACGACAGGUUCAAUGAAGAACUGGCACGCGUACGUCUGGAGUUAGAGAAGAUAUAUAUCCAGAAAGCCAAGGAGGUGGAAGAGGUGAAGGAAAUGAACGAGAGAAUAGACCGCUUGAAACACGACAGACGAUCAAAGAAGACGAUAGAGAAGGCUAAAGAGGAGUUGAGAAAGAUGGUUGACACCAUGGAACGGACUAUACUUAUGGUGGAACAAACUAGGCAAGAGGAAGAGGACAUAGUCGUGCAGAGGUGGCGUUUCCAGCAGGGCAGGUGA